UUCCAGUUCAUCUUUGCCAGCAUGCAGAAACCUGAGGGGCUGCCCCAGAUCACCGAUGUGGUGCUGGACAAGCCCUGUGUACCUUCUCAGGCCAACAAGACCCCACUGCGGGCGCUCGACCCCAUCCGCCUCAGCGGCAUGAACUGCAGCCCUGACUUCACCCCCUCCUUUGCCAACCUUGGACGGCCCGUCAUGGGCAACCGCAGCCUGCCCUCAGGGUUGGGUCCUCGGCGGUCCCAGCAGAGCCAGAGGAAGGAGCCCCGCAAAAUCAUUGCCACUGUGUCCCUCAAUGAAGAUGUCAAGCUGAACAAGGCUGAGAAGGCCUGGAAGCCCAGCAGCAAGCGUGCCUCCGAGGAGGAGGAUCCUGAGAACAUCAAGACGCAGGACCUGCUCCGCCGCGUCCGCAGCAUCCUCAACAAGCUGACACCCCAGAUGUUCCAGCAGCUGAUGAAGCAGGUGAUGGAGUUGUCCAUUGACACGGAGGAGCGGCUCAAGGGUGUCAUCGACCUCGUCUUCGAGAAGGCCAUCUCGGAGCCAAACUUCUCUGUUGCCUAUGCUAACAUGUGCCGUUGCCUUACAGGGCUCAAAGUGCCCACAACAGACAAGCCCACGGUGACUGUGAACUUCCGCAAACUGCUGCUCAACCGCUGCCAGAAGGAGUUUGAGAAGGACAAGGAUGAUGACGAGAUCUUUGAGAAGCGUCAGAAAGAGAUGGACGAUGCCAGUGCUCCUGAGGAGAAGGCGCGCAUGAAGGACGAGCUGGAGGAAGCGCGGGACAAGGCCCGCCGGCGAUCCCUGGGCAACAUCAAGUUCAUCGGGGAGCUCUUCAAGUUGAAGAUGUUGACGGAGGCCAUCAUGCACGACUGCGUGGUGAAGCUGCUCAAAAACCAUGAUGAGGAGUCUCUUGAGUGCCUUUGCCGCCUGCUUACCACCAUCGGGAAGGACUUGGACUUUGAGAAGGCCAAGCCCAGGAUGGACCAGUACUUCAACCAGAUGGAGAAGAUUAUCAAAGAGAAGAAGACAUCAUCCCGAAUCCGUUUCAUGCUGCAGGAUGUGAUUGACCUCAGACGGAAUAGCUGGGUGCCGCGGCGAGGAGACCAGGGCCCCAAAACCAUCGACCAGAUCCACAAGGAAGCAGAGAUGGAGGAGCAUCGGGAACACAUCAAAGUGCAGCAGCUCAUGUCGAAGGACAAGAGGAGAGGACCCCCCGGGCCGCCCUCCAGUGGUGAGUGCCUGGGUUUGGGGGGCAUCUGAGGCUGCCAGGGCUGGGUUGCUCCCACCGGGCACCAACGGAAGUUGGGCUGUAGCUGACUGUCGUCUCUCCACCUGCAGCCCGGAUCCAUUGACUCCAACAACCAGCUUUUUGCACCAGGAGGGCGGCUGAGCUGGGGCAAAGGUAGCAGUGGAGGGUCUGGAGCGAAGCCUGCAGAUUCAGCAUCUGAUUCAGGGCGACCAGCCACGAGCACCUUGAACCGCUUCUCAGCGCUGCAGCAGGCGACGCCUGCCGAGAGCCUGGAGUCCCGACGCGUGGUGCAGAGGAGCAGCUCCAGCCGCGACAGGUCGGAGAAGGCUGGGGACAGAGGGGACCGGGAGUCACGUUCGGAGAAGGGCAGCGACCGCCUGGAGCGCCCCGACCGGGGGGAGCGGGCAGACAGGAACAGGUCUGCCCUCACCAAGAGGAGUUUCAGCAAAGAGACGGAGGACAGGAGCCGAGAACGGGAGAAGCAGGGCGGCCCCGAGGCUGUGCGCAAGGCUGCUAGCAUGACAGAGGAACGGGACAGGAGCAGAGAGACCCAUAAACAAGAGCCAGCACCUCCCGCAACAUCUGCCAAACCCGCGCUGUCGGAAGAGGAGCUGGAGAAGAAAUCCAAGGCGAUCAUAGAGGAAUACCUGCACAUCAAUGACAUGAAAGAGGCCCUGCAGUGUGUACAGGAGCUGGGCAGCCCCUCCUCGCUCUACAUCUUCGUGCAGAACGGCAUAGAGUCCACGCUGGAGAGGAGCACCAUCUCCCGCGAGCACAUGGGGGUCCUGCUGUGCCAGCUGGUGAAGACGGGCACGCUCUCCAAGGAGCAGUACUACAAAGGGCUGCGGGAGAUCUUGGAGAUCGCAGAAGACAUGGAGAUUGACAUCCCACACAUCUGGCUGUACCUGGCCGAGCUCAUCACCCCCAUCCUGCAAGAGGAAGGUAUUCCCAUGGAGGAGCUGUUCAGGGAGAUAACGAAGCCCCUGGUGCCCAUCGGGAAGGCCACCACACUGCUGGUCGAGGUGCUGGGCUUGUUGUGCAAGGGCAUGGGCCAGAAGACCGCAGGGAAGCUGUGGCGGGAUGGGGGCCUGAGCUGGAAGGAAUUCUUGCCCGAGGACCAGGAUGUCAACAAAUUUGUCACGGAGCAGAAAUUGGAGUACACGAUGGGGGACAGCUCGGACAUGCCGAGCCACAAGGAGCUGACCUCGGAGGAGCUGUGCAAGCAAAUGGACAAACUGCUGAAAGAGAACCCAAACAACCAAAGAAUACACGACUGGAUCGAGGCCAACCUGAGUGAGCAGCAAGUCUCGUCCAACACGUUUAUCAGGGCCCUGAUGACAUCCGUGUGCCACUCGGCCAUCAUCUUCGAGAACCCUUACCGCGUGGACGCCCUGGUCAUCCGCACCCAAGCCAAGCUGCUCCAGAAGUACCUGCGGGACGAGCAGAAGGAGCUCCAGGCGCUCUACGCCCUCCAGGCCCUGGUUGUCAAGUUGGACCAGCCUCCCAACCUGCUGCGGAUGUUUUUUGACGCCCUCUAUGACGAGGAUGUCAUCAAGGAGGAGGCUUUCUACAAGUGGGAGUCCAGCAAGGACCCGGCGGAGCAGCAGGGCAAAGGGGUGGCGCUCAAAUCCGUGACGGCCUUUUUCACCUGGCUCCGGGAAGCGGAGGACGAGUCGGACAACAACUGA